AUGUCGUCAGAUGCUGUCGGUUCGGAAACGGGCGCCCGGAAGGACGUGCUUGAGGUGAACUUCUCUCUGCUCUUAAAGUUCCAGGAAAAGAUCGUCGUGGAUCUAGUUGAAGAGGAUGCGCUGUUGGUGUUAGGUCGGGGACUUGGAAUUGACCAGAUUGUGUCGAAUCUCUUGCAUGUGCUUUUGCAGUCGACGGGAGACAAUAAGCGACCGUUGAUCAUGCUCAUCAACGCCUCGGAGGAGGAAAACCGGCUCAUCGAGGAGUCUUUGAUGGAGCUUGCGUGGAACUACGACGACGACCCGGACCACGAAGAUAACCACGAGAGCAGCAACAAGAAAACCGCUUUUGGGUUCUCGUCGAUCAUCGGCGACGCCGGGACUGUUGACCGGCGCCGAGACCUGUACGCUAACGGCGGGAUUGUGUCGGUGUCGAACCGGGUGUUGGUGACGGACAUGCUUAGCCACGUUGUGGAGCCAAAGGUGAUCACUGGUCUCGUCAUCUUGCAUGCAGAAAACAUCUCCCAGUAUUCGAUGGACCGGUUUGUGGUGAACUUGUACCGACGGGAUAACAAGUGGGGGUUUGUGAAGGCGUUGUCGGACGACCCGGAGAGGUGCUGCAGGGGGUUCCAGCCGCUCCAGACAAAGUUGAAGUACUUUAAACUUGAAAGCUCUUUCCUAUGGCCCAGAUUCCAUAUUGGCGUUACCGAGUCGAUCAAGCGCAAGACGAAGGGUACCAAUCACGCUUCCUUUAACAAGGUGACCGAGGUCAGGAUCAAGAUGACCGACUACAUGACAAAAAUUCAGAACUCUCUAAUGGCGAGUAUGGAGCUCCUCAUUGGAGAACUGAGAAGAAAUAACCCGGACAUUGCCUCCGAGUACUGGUCGAUCGAAAAUGCCCUUGAUGACAACUUCAUCCAAUCAAUUGUGGGAACGCUGAACCCGGUGUGGCACCGGAUCUCCGUCACGACGAAGAAGGUCUUGUCCGAAUUAUCAACAGUGAAGGGGUUUCUCCUAGACCUGUUCCAAUACGACUCCGUUACUUUCUAUCAAAAUAUAAAGAGCUUUGUUAACGAGAACACACAGUCGAUCUCUAACAAAGAAUCAUUGUGGUUGAUGAUACCAGAAGCGUCCGCCACUAUUGCGUGUAGUAAAGACCGUGUCUAUCGAAAAAUCAAGACUGCAGACCCUCGACAGAUGAACUCCAGAGACAACAGUACUGAAAACAUGUUACUCGAAGAGAUGCCCAAAUGGGAGCAGUUGAUGCUGAUUUUGGACGAGAUUAACGAUGAAAAACUACAGCAUGAUGUCACAGACGAUGGGCCUACUGUCAUUGCAUGUAAGUCGAGACUCACUUGCCACCAAUUAGAGAGAGUUCUUUCGAAAUACCAGAUAUUCGACAAUGAUGGUGUAAGGUCUUACAGUUUUAGAAAAAUCAUGACAGCGGAACUCAAAUAUCAGAAAAAUAGAAGGAAUAGAGGGACUUUGAUGAAAAAGAUGAAUGAUGAGUUGAGAAAGGUGACUACUGAAAACAACGAAACUAAUGGAGUAAAAGAUGAUGAUGUGCUAAUAUCAAAGACGUUCACGAAGAAUCGUUUCAGAAAUACGGAUAGAAGGAGAAGCAGGGGAGGAAGUGUCAUUGCACAGCAUAACAGGUUGAUGAACUUGAGACCUGAUGAUGAUGAUAUUAAUGAUGACGCCGAUGCUGAUUUUGACAUCGAUGAAGCUGCACCGGAAUCACUUGGCUUUGAAUUUGACGACUUUUAUGCCCCAGAGAAUAAUGUUGAAUACAACUUGUUAGAAAGAACCGACGAAAUUAUAAUCACAACCUUUGAAAGUGUAAUAUUGGAAGAGACACUACCAUCCUACAUUAUUUGCUAUGAACCCGACCUUACCUUUGUAAGAACCGUUGAGUUGUAUCAAGCGUCAUUGAAUUCAGCAAAAUGCUUUUUCAUGUACUACGGAGAAUCUGUUGAGGAACAGAUUUAUUUGACCUCUAUCAAGCACGAAAAAGAUGCAUUUACCAAACUCAUUCGAGAGAAAGCCAACAUGCCGAAAUACUUUAGCACUGAGGAUGAUGAGAAAAGCAAGUUUGAAGAAAGUUUUAGACAUUUGAACUCAAAUACCAGAAUUGCAGGUGGUGGAUUAACUGCCUUAAGAACUUCCAAGGUGAUUAUAGAUAUGAGAGAUUUUGUAUCCCAGUUACCAUUUGUUUGCUAUUUGGCAGGCUUAGAAGUAGUUCCUGCAAUGCUUACAGUUGGGGACUAUAUUCUCUCCGACGAGAUAUGUGUCGAAAGAAAAGCAGUUCGUGACUUGAUUGAUUCAUUAGAGAAUGGCAGAUUAAUGAAACAAUGUGAAAGUAUGUUCAGAUGGUAUGCCAGACCUGUAUUGCUCAUUGAGUUUGAAGAAGGAAAGUCUUUUUCGUUUGAACCUUUUACAACUGGGUUCCUAACCAACAACUCAACCAAGCAUAUAAGAAAUGCCGAUUUAGAGCAAUUGCAGUUGAGACUGGCAGCUUUGGUUAGAUCCUUCCCUCGACUAAGCAUACUGUGGAGUAGCUCACCUUUUGAAACCGCUAGAUUGUUCAGAGAGCUAAAGGUUCAUCAAAACGAACCAGACAUUGAGUUUGCAUUGACUGCCGGAAUGAACGAUACGGAUAGUGGAUCGGGAUUUAAUGAAGAUGCUAUAAAAUUUCUCAGAUUGAUACCAGGUAUAACGGAUUCUAACUCACUUUUGAUUAUCGGCAAGGUCAAAAAUCUUUAUGACUUUUGUCAGAUGAAUGCUGCUGACAUGGCCGAAAUAAUAGGUAACGAAAAUGCACAAAAGGCCCACAAAUUUAUAAACAAACAAUACAAGUGA